AGUGAGAAAGAAUUGGUGGUGGAUGAGGAGCAGAACGUUACAAAAGUGCGGUGGCGCUUGAUGCGCUUCAGGCAAUAAGAGGAGCCGUGAGAAAUCUUACCAUCCAACCCAGUCUUUCUCUCUCUCUCUUACUCUCUCUCCAUCACUUACACACGCGCACACACGCGCACACACGCUCAGCAGCCGCACCCGAAGCGCGUCCCGCAGUCACCCUCGCUCCCUGUUGCCCAACCUGCCGUAGCAUGGCCAAAACUAACAGAGCGACUUUGGCUCUGCUCAUCUAUGGGAUCUUAAUGCGCUACAGCGCCCACUGCACCCCCAUCGCCAUGGGCUUCCCCAAUAUCAGGUUAGACAGUGAUGUAUUUGGGGAUGAUGGGAAUUCUCUGACAGAGCUGUCCUAUGAGCCGGAGACAAUGAGCGCACGCAGUGCACCAGCACUCCCUGAGGACGCCUAUACUCUCUACUAUCCACCCGAAAGAAGAACGGAAAAGCAUGCAGACGGAUUGUUAGAUAGAGCCUUGAGGGACAUCCUGGUUCAGUUAUCAGCCCGAAAGUAUCUGCAUUCUCUGACAGCAGUUCGUGUAGGUGAGGAAGAGGAGGAGGAGGAGGAAGAUUCUGAGCCACUGUCCAAGCGCCACUCGGAUGGUAUUUUCACAGACAGCUACAGUCGCUACCGGAAACAAAUGGCCGUGAAAAAAUACCUUGCAGCUGUGCUGGGAAGAAGGUACAGACAAAGGUUUAGAAACAAAGGACGUCGCUUUGCUUAUUUGUAGCAAAAAAAAGAAAGAGAGAGAAAGGAAGAAUGAAAGAGACCCAACUGCCCUCCCUCCAGUGUGUGCAUUCGAGUCCAAACCAUUCUAACCUAAACUGAGCAGUCGGUGCAUUUCACCUGUGUUCUUUUAAACAUGUAUUUUAUGUACCAAGUCAAGCCAUUAAAAAUAUUUUAGUAAGUA